GUCAUCCAUUCAGCCAAUCACACGCCUCCGCUCACAAGGCCCGCCUACAACUCGACGCAUGCCAUGCCGUGCACACAAUUGUAACUUUUUAUGUGAUGGUAAUUUAUUUUAGAUGAAUGGAGGUUCUAAUGAAGACCAAGAUUGUAUUGGUGCUGAUCUCACUGUGUAUUGAGACAGUCAUCAGUUACCCUAAUGGAAAAGUGACGGUGGCUUGUUGGCACAUGACGCCCGCGCAUGGUCAUUCAGACCCCAGCCCCAAAGAUCCUCCAUACAUCAUCAGCGCAGACAAAUCCCAAUUCAGUCCUGGAGAUGAAAUCAGAGUGAAGUUGUUAGCAAAAUCUUCAGAGAACAAGCGGUACUUCAAAGGAUUCCUCAUAGAAGCAAGGAAUGCUGGGAAUCUUGAUAAAAUAGUGGGAUCGUUUCGGUUAAUCAAUCCUGCCAUAUCUCAGCUUCUUAAGUGCACCGAUAAUAAUGGUUCUGCUGUAAGUCACACCAGUGAUCACCAUAAAACCGAGGUGGAGGUGGUCUGGAUCGCACCAAAAGACUCUCCCUCCAGUGUGCGCUUCGUGGUAACUGUUGUCCGAGGGUAUAAAGAUUAUUGGGUAAAGAUUCUAGGUCCGGUGGCGUCUCAAAAUGGAGUGGCUCCUCCCACAGCAGGAACUACCAUCGGCCGUUCAACCGAUGCCAAAACUACCACGGCAUCCUCCAAACUGUUCCGUUCAUUCACCUCUGAAGGAUGUGGUAGUCAAAAGUCCUGUAUGAGAGAUCCAGAUGGUUGUGACCCACAAAACGACACAUCUUGUCACUUCCUGUCCUUCAGCAAUGAGGAAACCAGCAUUUUGUUUGAGCUCAGUGGACCUGCAGAGGGUUAUGUGUCUUUUGCCCUAUCUCUGGACAAAUGGAUGGGGAAUGAUGAUGUCUAUAUGUGUAUAAGAGACACAAACCGUGUCGACAUCAACACUGGGUAUGUUUCUGGACGAACGCACCCAGUAUUUUCCUCAGAGAAUAAUCUAAAAGAUACAGCAUGGCGACUGUCAGAUGGAGUGAUUCAGUGUAGCUUCAGGAGAGACGUAUUUCCAAUUGAUCAUCCAAAUAGGUUUCCUCUGGACCAGCCUUAUUAUCUGUUCAUGGCACAUGGUCGAGCUGAAGAUGGGCGAACCCAUCGGCAUGACCGCCAGCCUUUGAUUUCGACCAAUCAGAAAGAGCUUACAGGAGAUCCAGAGGAUCUGACCGGUUCUCGUUCGCCUCUGCUCAUCAAAUAUCACGGGGCCUGUAUGUUGAUCGCCUGGAUGUCAUCGGUCAGUGCUGGCGUCAUCAUAGCGCGAUAUUUCAAACCCGAUUGGCCAGAAAGGAAUAUUCUGGGUCAGAAGGUCUGGUUUCAGUUACACCGAGCACUGAUGACCAUUACGGUUCUGCUCACACUGGUCGGCUUUGUUUUACCUUUCAUGUACAGAGGAGGCUGGAGUAAGCGGGCAGGUUUACAUCCCUAUCUUGGCUGUGUUGUCAUGGCACUCGCUGUUAUCCAACCUGUUAUGGCACUUUUCAGACCUUCGCCAGACGCCUCAAGGAGAUACAUCUUUAACUGGAUGCAUUUUGGGACCGGCACAAUAGCACAAAUCGUGGCUGUUAUCGCCAUCUUUCUUGGCAUCCAUCAGCAAGCUCUGCUCCUACCUGCUCCCUGGUCCACAGGGCUCCUGGGCUCAAUGGUGAUCUGGUUUGUACUGGCAGAUUUGGUUCUGGAGGUCCACAGGAGAGGAUUUUUACCGAUAGGCAAAUAUUUCAAAAACGUUAAAGUCUACACAGAACACAUUAAUUCUGAGGACAAAGAAGAAGUCAUGUUUGUUCCUGAUGAGGUCGAGAGUUUUCGUGUGGCCUCUUGUUUUAAAAACAUAAUUCUGGCCAUUUAUCUCUGUGGAAAUCUGGGAUUUCUGACAGUUUUGCUCUGGACCAUCAGUGUAGCGUAACACUUUCAGCAAUCAUUUUCACAAGCAGCCUCUUUAACCUUAACUUAAUAUUGUGCCUAUUAUGAACUAAGCCAAAGUUAAAUGCAGUAUGAUUGACUUGUAAGAGUUGGGCUGUCAUUUUGUGGGUGCGUAUUAAAAUGAUUUGUUUAAAAUUGAAAGUCAUGAUCACUGAGGUAGAAAUACUUCAUAGAUGUUGUGUAUUGAUUCUAAUUUGUUUUUGUAUAUGUAGGGUAUUGUUACAGCUGAUUUACUUUUUAGCUCAGAAAUGUAUAUUUUUCACUCUUUAUCAACUUGACAGUAGUUUACAAAUUGUUUAGCUAGUACCUUUAUCGCUGGUGACACUAUGUGCCUUUAUCAGAAGUUUAUGACAUUAUAGCCUUCAGAUGUUUGGAUGAAUGCAUGGAUGUUUCAUGUGUGUGGAUUUAUACAC